CGUUGCACUGAACUUUUACGGUGUUCUGAUAGCAUGGGCACAGUAGAUGUUUUGGAUAACAAAACAUAAUUUUAACGCCUGAUAUCUUGGACAUUCUGCAGUACUACACAUUAGGACGCUUACUGGUGAAAGUACUUGGCAUUAUACAGGAAGCUAAACUCGCGGACUGGUUGCUUAAGUUAGCUGCCUCACACAAAGUGCUAACGUUAGCUUCCUUGCUAUUUGUUUUGUCAUGGAACGAGCUAACGUUAGCUAGCUAACUUGUUUGGUCAGACUGCUGUGUUGCUAGCUAUUUCCGUUUAGUGUCCCUUUAAUAUCGCCAGAUAGCUAGCUAGCAGUAGAGUUCUCUGGGUUAGCUAUAAAUAGCUAACGGCUACCUAGCGGUGAUCUCACCUAUCUAGGUAUGAUAACAUUAGCCAACUGACUACAUUCGGAUAUUUCUUCUCAAAUCUGUUCAAUUUUGCCUAGAUAUAUAUUCUGCGUAUUAAGGAGCAAGACAUUGCCAGUGUGCACUACGUUUGCAGGAUGGGCGAGAAGAAGCCGGAGACGCUGGACUUUGUGAAGGAUUUUCAAGAGUACCUCACGCAGCAAACCCAACAUGUAAAUAUGAUCUCUGGUUCCGUCGGCGUCGAUAAGGAAGCGGAGGUGCUCCAGGGGGGUCUGCAGUCGGAUCCGGCUGGGAUGCAGACCGAGCCAGGAGAUGGAUGUGGUGGGGACGGUGGCAGUGUAGAGCACAGACCUAUGUUCUGUUUGCCGGCAGCUGGUACCGAGACCGACCAGAACAGACUGGACCACCCUUCGGUGGAGGUUUCCCUGGACGACGGCUCAGGGCUGCUGGUGGACAGCUUUGAGAGGACGUACGAUGGGAAGCUUAAGUGCCGUUACUGUAACUAUGCCAGCAAGGGGACAGCCCGACUCAUCGAGCACAUCCGCAUACACACAGGAGAGAAGCCCCACAGGUGCCACCUUUGUCCAUUCGCCUCGGCCUAUGAGCGCCACCUGGAGGCCCACAUGCGCUCGCACACGGGCGAGAAGCCGUACAAGUGCGAGCUGUGCUCCUUCCGCUGCAGCGACCGCAGCAACCUGUCGCACCACCGGCGGCGCCGCCACAAGCUGCUGCCCAUGAAGGGGGCGCGCUCCACCCUGGCCAGCCGGAAGAUGCUGAGCGUCCUGCAGAGGAAGUCCAGCUCGCUGGGCUACGGCCGGCGGCUCCUCCUCAGCUACAGCCCGCCCUCCAUGGUGAGCCAGAAGGCCGACUACCUGAGCGACUUCCCUCAGGACCUGCCCCACCUGCACCCGGAGGCCUACGAGGGCGCGGCCAAGCCGCAGGACGGGGGAGGGGCCCCGCGGGGCGACGCCCCCCACCACGAUGCCACCACGGACAACCCGCUCAACCAGCUGUCCACCCUGGCGGGCCAGCUGGCCAGCCUUCCGGCCGACGCCCACGCGCCCAUUUCCCCGGAGACGGGGUCCUGCCGCGACGAGAAGCCCUUCCUCCUCUGCCAGCCGGCCGCCGCGCCCGCUGCCGUUUCAGCCAGCUCCGCCCGGGCCGGCUCGCCUGGCAGCCCCGAGCCCCGCCCCCCGCCCGUCAGUAACUACAGCCCCGGGGCCGCGCCCUGCAGUGAGCACAGCCCCCACACCAGCACCCCCAGCGUGAGCAACAGCCAGCCCAGCACCCCCGCCCCUGCCCUGACCAAUCAGGACCUUCAGCUGCUGCACCACUGCCAGCACUGCGACACCUACUUCGCCGACAACAUCCUCUACACCAUCCACAUGGGUUGCCAUGGCUACGAGAACCCCUUCCAGUGCAACAUUUGUGGCAGCAAGUGCAGGAACAAGUAUGAUUUCGCCUGUCACUUUGCCAGGGGCCAGCACAAAUAAUGAGUGGCGUUAUUUAUUUAUUUAUUUCUUUAUUUAUUCUUUUUUUUUCAUCCCUCAUGAAUUUUAGGUUGGCGUGGAAAGGCAGAACUGGUUUGAAGUAGGAGGGGGAGGGGAUUGUAAUGGGCAUGGUUAUUUGUGGCUUACUGAAAAGUUUUAAGAUUCAAACGGCAAUGUUAUGGCAGCCUACUCUGCAAUGGUCAGCCCUGCAUCCGCACCCGUGGGCUGGGAAUAAGUCAGCUCUGUGUCUGAACCUGUGCUCUGGGGAUAGGUCAGCCCUGCAUCCGCACCUGUGCACUGGGGAUAAGUCAAUUCUGUGUCCACACCUGUGUGCUGGGUAAAAGUCAGCCCUGUGCCCGCACCUGUGCGCUGGGGAUAGCCGCUUGCUUUGUGACACCUGAGCUAACUUGUCCACAUUUAUUUCCGAUGUUUUCUGCCUUAGUAACCACCUAAUAAGCCACCAUGGACCUGAAUACAGAUUCUGCUAACAUACACUGGACUACACUCCAUUAAAUAAACUUAAUUGCUUUUAGAUGGAGAAAUUUACUAGCUAGCAGAUCAUAUAUUUAAUCAGUUGUUUAUUUAUUAUGAUUAUCCAUAUGAAAACAAUAUGGGAAAACCAGGCAGAGCUAAGUUUGCCAACUAUGAGGGUCUUGCCCUUGCUAGCCAGGUUUGGCUGCUUUACUGUUUUUAAAUUAAAAGAAUGGCACUGCAAGUAGGUCACCCACCGACUGCUAUUUAAAGAAAAUGUCUUAAAACAAUACACUUCUGUGAAA